AACCGCCGACCGUGGUUUAUUUUGAGUUUGAAUGAUUUAAAUAAUUUUCUUUGAAAUUUGCAUAGAUAAUAGAUAUUAGAUUUCCUUUUUCCCUCCAACAGACCAACGAUAUUACGACAAUAGCAGAACGACCGCAGCUGAUGUCUAAGUAUCGUGAGAUAAAAAUCAGUUAUAUAUAAUAAUUUAAUUGAUUUUAUACUAUUUCCGAAGCACCAUACUAAUAUUACACUGGUUCAAUUCCCUUGUAGUUGUUCCCAAUUAUGUCAGACGAACAGGACUCAAUCGAAAUUGAAAAUCCUAGUAAAAGUGCCACCAUCCUCUGUGUUCAGUACCUUAUAUCACACCACAUGAAAACUAAAAGUGUCAUUAAAAAAGAUGAUCUGAUGAAAACUGUCUUCAAGGGUCGCAGUAUAGGAAAAAAUUACGAAAGAGUUAUGGAAGAAGUGGAAAUUACCUUAAAAAAUACUUUUGGAUUUUCAAUAUCCUAUAUUAAAAAUGACCACAAACAGUUCCUAAUUGUGAAUAAUAUGGAUGAAAUUGAAACUCAUGAAUUUUGUUCUUCUGAAGAAUCAAAAUAUCGUGUUUUACUUAAACCAAUACUUGGGGCUUUAGUUAUGCUUCGUGCACCAAUCAGCGAAGGUCAAAUGUGGAAUAUACUGGAGAAAUUUGCAUUUCAAUUCAAUUUAGACAUGGAUUUUAUUAAACAAAUUGUUAAAGGAAAAUUUGUAAAAGAUCAAUAUCUUCAAUUCAAAAUUACUGAUGAUACAACAGUAUCGCUUGAUCCAGAAAAAACUAGUUAUUGGUUUACUUUAGGACCUAGAGCAUUAGAAGAAUGUGAUCAGAUAAUGUUAUUAAAUCGAGUUAGUGAGCUGUACAAGAAGCCUCCCUCUUCAUUCAAGCGUGUGUAUGCUGCGUUGAUUGAGAAAUAAAUGUUAUUUUAUAAUUUGUUUAAUCUUUAUUACAUUUCUCAAGAAUAUACAAUGUACACAACCUAUUUAAAAUGUACAAAAAAAACCUUUUUAUGUUUGCUAGUUGUGAACCAUCUUAAGAUUAAAAUAUGACAAUAGCAUUUGCUAUUUAUAGAGAUACUGUAAAAUAUUGUAAUAAGUAUUUUAAAAUUGUAUACAUUUAUAACUUUUAUAAUAUAUUAUACUUCUGACUGAUUCAAGUU